AUGGACGCCGUCCAGAUCCAUGACCCCGACAAGACGCACGUCUGGCUCGGAACUUUCGAAACUGCAGAGGGGGCAGUGCGUGCGUACGACACAGCGGCAAGAGACAUUCACGGCGCCAAGGCGAAGAUCAAUGUUCCGAUGGCGGAGGAGCUUCUGAACAACAGCAACAAUUUCGUUCAGCCCUUGCACAACACCCCACAGUUCGGCGAUGAAGGCAGAGCAAUUUCCAAUCGUGUGAGUGAAGCCCGCAACCCACUUUCCGUUCUCAUCCCGCAGGAGGCCGCCGCAACCCGCCUUGUCCGCAAUCUCUAUCGACGCUCCAUCGACGUUAAGCUUCAGCCAGCCCUUCGGCGGGGGGAUUGGUGUGGGUCUUAA